AUGCCCAAUUAUCCGACAUGGCUAUCAGAUGAAAUCGCGAUCGGAUAUAUUGAACAUGGUAUUCAGACCCUCCUUCCCUGGCAGUUGGAUGUUUUGAAUAAUCGAUCUUUGCAAGCUCCAAAAUAUGGAAAUUUCAUAUUUUCCGCCCCAACAAGUUCCGGUAAAACGGUUGUUGCAGAAUUAAUUGCUGUAAAUACUGUCUUACAAUUACGUUGCAAAGCAAUUUUUGUCUUCCCGUAUAUAUCCGUCGCCAAGGAAAAAUUUCUUAUUUUGCAGAAAAUAUGGCGAAAGGUUGAUCUUCGUGCCAGUGCAUUCAUAGGCUCACAUUCAUCAUCAUUUCAAGCUUGGGAUGCAUCAGUAUGCACAAUUGAGAAAGCUAAUUCACUCUUAAAUCGUAUGAUUGAUGAUAAAACUAUAUUCGAUUUAGGUGUGUUGGUAAUCGAUGAAUUUCAUAUGUUAUUUGAUGGAAAUCGUGGUCCAUUGGUAGAGCAAAUUGUUGGGAAAGCAUUGUACAUUUCACGAUUUUUAAACCAUCGAAUUCAAAUUAUCGGCUUAAGCGCUACACUGCCAAAUUUGGAUGAAUUAGCUGACUGGCUAAAUGCCGAGAAGUAUGAAACACAAUUUCGUCCGAUACAGCUACAUGAAAUGAUAAUGUGUGGUAGCCAACUGCUAGAUGUGAACACAUUGCAGUGCAUUCGAACGGUAUCAAGUGAACUUACUGUUCCGAACGAUAUCGAAUAUACAAUCAUUCAAUUAUGUACGGAAUCUGUUAUAAAAGGCGAAUCGGUGCUUGUAUUUUGUAGUUCAAAAGCAGAAACAGAAAAGCUCGCCUUGGCUAUAUCGCAUCAUUUCGAAGAAUGUUUUAAAUCGAGCAAUAACCAAAACCUUAUUUCAUCGUUGAAUAUGCAAUCGUUGAAUACAGUUAAACAAACAUUUCAUCAUGAAAUACAAUUUGUAGAUGAUAUUUUGCAAAAAACAGUACCGUAUGGAAUCGCAUUUCAUCAUGCUGGUUUAACCAUAGAAGAACGUGAAAGUAUUGAGAAUGCUUUCUAUGAGCAGUCACUGCGUAUAGUAUGUGCAACAUCAACUCUCAGUUCGGGAAUAAAUUUGCCAGCUCAUCGUGUAAUUAUAAAAGCGCAAAUGUGUGGGCCUUUAGCACUUAAUGGUUUGACAUACAUGCAAAUGAUUGGUCGAGCUGGACGUUUAGGACAAACCGAAAAAGGUAUAAAUUCAGCUGAUUGUGGUGAACAUGGAAUUUAA